AUGAAAUCAUCUGCUGAGAAUGCUGCUCCUCUAUGGAAAUAUGUUACUAGGUUAGAAAAAGCAAGUGUUGGUGGUGGGAAUGUUUCUUUUAGAUGUAACUAUUGUGAAAAAAUUUUCAAGGGGUCUUAUUCAAGGGUGAAGGCACACUUGUUAAAAUUGCCUAAGUUUGGAAUACAAGCAUGUGCCAAGGUUGGAGAUGAGUAUCAAAAUGAAAUGCAGAAAUUAGAAGAUGCAUUUGAGGAAUCUUCGCGUAGAUUGAAGAAGCCUAAGUUAGUGUCUUUACCAUCUGAUUCUCCUACUAGUCCUAAUUUGGAUAGUAGGGAGAGUAGUACAGCUAAAAGUCAUCCAUUUUUCCCCAAAAAAAAAGGGCUUGGGAUUGGGAAUUCUCCUUUGGAGAGGGCUUUUAACAAUCAAUGUCGAGAGCAAUUAGAUUGUCUUAUUGCUAGGACAUUUUACUCUGCUGGUUUACCCUUUCACUUUGCUAAGAACCCGUAUUUGAUUGAGAUGAUCAAGUUUGCAGCUAAUAAUAAUUUAGCGGGCUAUGUUCCUCCGGGUUACAAUAAAUUAAGAACAACUUUGUUGCAAAAAGAGAAGGCACAUAUUGAGAAGUUGUUGAGGGCAAUUAAAGACACUUGGAAAGAAAAGGGUUUAAGCAUUGUCGUUGGUGAGGUUGGGCCUCAACAUGUUGUCCAAAUUAUUACUGAUAAUGCGUCUGUUAUGAAGGCUGUAGGAUCUAUUGUUGAAGCUGAAUAUCCUCAUAUAUUUUGGUCACCUUGUGUUGUGCAUACUCUCAAUUUGGCUUUGAAGAAUAUAUGUGCACCUAAGUACUCUUUGCAGAAUGAGGAUGCAUAUAAUGAAUGUAAUUGGAUUGCACAAGUUUUAGAUGAGGCAACUUUCAUUCGUAUUUUCAUCACAAAUCAUUCUAUGAGAUUAGCAAUUUUUAAUUCAUAUUCUCCUUUGAAGUUACUUGCUGUUGCUGAAACACGAUUUGCUUCAAUAAUUAUCAUGCUUAAAAGAUUGUUUCAAGUUGCAUACAUUCUGAGAUUCACAGAACCUAUUUAUGAGAUGCUUCGAGUGGCUGACACGGAUGCACCUAUUCUCCAUAAGGUGUAUGAAAUGUGGGAUUCCAUGAUAGAAAAUGUGAAGAAAGAAAUAUACCAACAUGAAGGUAAGGAAGAUUAUGAGGAGUCUCCAUUCUAUGAUGUGGUACACAAUAUACUUAUUGAACGGUAUUAUACUAUUAAAUGGAUUGAGGAAGUUAGAGGUCGUGUUACACCACAUAAGGAUGCUGAAAUUUCAGUGGAGAGAAACAAGUGCCUCAAAAGGAUCUUUCCUGAUCCUGAUGAUAGGCAAAAAGUUAAUGUGGAGUUUGCUCUAAAACUUCUUGAACAACCUUGCUCAUCAUCAUGUGCUGAGAGGAAUUGGAGUACAUAUGGCUUCAUCCAUUCUAUGAGGAGGAAUAGAAUUACUCCUAAACGUGUUGAAGAUUUAGUGUUUGUUCAUUCUAAUCUUCGACUUCUUUCAAGGAGGAGGCCCGAGUACAAUAGUGGAGAAUCUAAGAAGUGGGACAUUGGUGGAGAUAAUUGGGAUGAACCAUUUGGAGGACCUGAGUUGCUUGAGAUUGCUUAUCUCACACUAGAUGAGCCAGAGAUGGAGACAAAUAUUGUUGAGAAUAAUGAUUAUGUUGAUGAUGAUGAUGUUGUUGUUCUUUGA